GAACCGGCCACUUCACCCUAACAUAACCUAAAUGACUAGGAGUUAAGAAUACCGAGACUUGGCGUUCGGUUGCAUCGCCUAAACAUGACCGUUCCUAAUUCUAAAAACUCAUUUCUUACCUCCCUCGUAUCCGGCGGUGCAGCAGGAACUUUUGUAGACGUUGCAUUGUUUCCGCUAGAUACUCUGAAAACUCGCCUGCAGAGUCAGAGCGGAUUCCUGAAAUCUGGUGGUUUUAAGGGAUUGUAUCAUGGAAUCAAACCAGUUAUACUUGGCUCAGCACCAACCGCUGCAUUGUUUUUUGUGACUUAUGAUAGUAUCAAAGUAUUCCUGAAACCAAAAGUUGACGAGAGGCAUCACUUCCUCAUUUACAUGGGAGGCGCCACUUUCAGUGAAAUGGUAGCUUGUUUAAUAAGAGUACCAGUUGAAGUAGUGAAACAAAGGAAUCAAGCUUUGCUAUCUGGCAAAGAACGUCUUGGCAUAAAGUUACUGUAUCGUGGCUACUGGAGUACAGUUUUGAGGGAUACUCCAUUCAGUCUGUUGCAAUUCCCACUGUGGGAAUACUUCAAACACAGUUGGAGUCGCAGAGUCGACAGAGAAUUAAAUCCGUGGGAGGGAGCCGUAUGUGGUGCGGUUGCAGGUGGCAUUUCAGCUGCAGCAACUACACCACUGGAUGUAGCAAAAACUAGAAUAAUGCUUUCCAGUGUAACAGUUGGUAGUUCUGAGUUGAAAAUUACCUUCAUCCUCAGGGCAUUGUACAAAGAAAGAGGAGUGCAAGGGCUCUUCGCUGGUGUGGCCCCACGUACGGCUUGGAUAACUGCUGGUGGUUUUAUAUUCUUUGGUGUUUAUGAGCAGACCAAAGUUAUAAUGGAAAAAUUAUUUUCAACGAGAACCAGGAUACCUAAUUUAUGAUUGAACUUAUAAACCUGAUUGAUGCUAAAAAUUAUGCGGUGACAUUGAAGUACCUGUAUGCAUUUUUUUGGAAUGUAUAGAACCAAGUUGCUGAAACAUCCGUGCGUUCACCCAUAAAAAUUUUUUAACGUCAUUGUUAGCCUCAUCAGUAAUUUUGAACCAUUUUUUUGGAACCUGCGAAAAAAUAUCUUUGCCCCACCUGAUUUUUUAGUAAAAAACAAAGAAAAUUAGACCCUUAAAUCAGGUAUAUUAUAAUAUGUACCGUUAACUCGAGAUAUAUUAAAACAAACUUUACAGUGAGGCUUAUGGUGAAAAUUGCAGUUUUUACCAAUUACCGAAUUUAUUU